UCUUCGCGUGGAUUCCGUUAUACCAUGUCUUCGCAAAGCUGCACACCCCCGUUAAGGAAUGUCUAACAGGACGUUUUCUCGCCGCUUUCACCGUUUCACAGCUGCUUGUUUGAGGCCUCUGUUUCCCGGCUCCCUUGGAUGCAGCCGCCGCUUCCAGUGCCCUUUCUUCGACCUGAAGAGGCGUCUCUCCGAGCGUGACGUCACAUAGGUAGACAUGUCAUGGCGUCUGUGCAUCCAGAGCUGGAGCUGCAACCCAGAUAGAAGCUGAGCGUCUCGGGGAAGGACCGACAUGGCGAGUAAUGUGGAUUUGCAGCAGAAUCCAGCAGGGACAAUUCUUUCACCGUGCCGGCCAGAGAAGGCAAACGAAGAGUCGGCGAAUCACGGUGCCGGAGCUACUACCAGGGCUGCGGCCGCCGUUACAGAUAGCGGUGCACCUCGCGUCCAGACGGUGGACAGUAGCUCGGCAUCCUGCCAGUCAACGCCCGUUGAAGACCGAGCGGCGUGCUUUGCUGGACAGCUGCGCGAAGGGAGCUGUGGGACGGGGCGUAAAGACGUGAACUGUGCCCAGUUCAGAGUAAACACGGCGGAGGCGGCGCUCAUUAGAGACACAGACUCCCCAGUACAUCUUCCAGAUGCUGGCGAGCAGGAGUCAGUAAUCGAGUCCGGGAAUUUACGAGCGGCGGUGGAUGGUGGGGGCAGUGACAUCCAGGCCGAAGGGAUGACGCCAACUGGAAGUGACCGCAGCCCACCGGUAGAAUCGCGAAGCAUAGACUCCCUGGAAUCUUUUUCCAAUUUGAACUCGUGUCCAAGCUCGGAUUUGACGAGCGAAGGCGCUGAGGACAGGGUGCUGGCUUUGGCUCUGCAGAACGACGAAUACGACGGGGCAAAAUUGGCUGCGGCCGCCCCCGGCAGGGAUCGUUUUACUGGCCAAUCUGUCUAUCACAUCAAGUGGAUCAAGUGGAAGGACGAGAACACACCGAUUAUUACCCAGAAUGAGAACGGACCCUGUCCACUACUUGCCAUCAUGAACGUCCUGUUGCUGUCUUGGAAGGUAAAGAUGCCCCCAAUGAUGGAAAUUAUAACAGCAGAGCAAUUGAUGGAAUAUCUAGGAGACUAUAUUCUGGAUGCUAAACCAAAAGAAAUUUCGGAAGCUCAAAGAUUAAAUUAUGAACAGAACAUGAGUGAUGCAAUGGCAGUCCUUCACAAGCUGCAAACAGGGCUGGAUGUCAAUGUCAGAUUCACAGGAGUGCGUGUGUUUGAGUAUACUCCCGAGUGCAUUGUAUUUGAUCUCCUGGAUAUACCUCUUUAUCAUGGCUGGCUUGUUGAUCCACAGACAGAUGAUAUUGUGAAGGCUGUAGGGAGCUGCAGUUACAACCAGUUGGUGGAAAAGAUAAUCUUCUGCAAGCAGUCCGAUAGCAGUGAACUUGUGGGGGAAGGCUUUGUGGCCGAGCAGUUCCUGAGUAAUACCGCCACCCAGCUUACAUACCACGGCCUUUGUGAGCUGACAUCUACUGUCCAGGAGGGAGAGCUUUGUGUCUUCUUCAGAAACAACCACUUCAGUACCAUGACCAAACACAAGGGACAGCUUUAUCUGCUGGUCACCGACCAGGGGUUUUUAACAGAGGAAAAAGUAGUUUGGGAGAGUUUACACAACGUGGAUGGAGAUGGGAACUUUUGUGACUCUGAAUUUCACUUGCGCCCACCAUCAGAUCCUGAGACAGUGUACAAAGGACAACAAGACCAGAUAGAUCAGGACUAUUUGAUUGCUCUUUCACUCCAGCAAGAGCAGCAGAGCCAGGAACUUAAUUGGGAACAGAUUCCAGAAGGAAUUAGUGACUUGGAAUUGGCUAAGAAACUGCAAGAAGAAGAAGACCGGCGAGCUUCUCAGUUCUACCAGGAGCAAGAGCAAGCAGCUGCGGCACAAGCACAGAUGCAACAGGGACAGCAGCCAGCUCCGGGAGGCACAGUAGCUCCAAGUGCCACUGCAGCCAACAGUCCAGGGAAGCCAUCAGGAAGCACCGAACGUAAACCGAAGAAGGAGGCUAAAGAGAAGGAAAAAGAGCGAUGUGUCCUUUUGUAAAAGUGGACAGAUUUUGUUCGACGCAUCUCUGGAAAAUGAAAACAACUGAAACAUGCCGUCUGUGCCUGAUUUCCCAAGCAUUUUGAUUUCUACUUUUCUUUUUUUAAUUUAAUUUACUCUGAUGGACAUAAAGGGUAACAAUUUUGAUGCAGUCGGCCAAACCUUGUUACAUGUUUGCACAGUGCAUUAUAUUUGUGAUGAACAUUCUAGGGUACAUAGAGCUGUUAUUGUAUUUUGUAGCAAAAAAAUGAAAUUCAAAUGGGUUUGCACCUUGUAAUAGCAACAUUGUUACUUAAGAGAAAAAAAAACAGGUCUUUUUUAUUCAGUUAUUAAGCUGUUUUAUAUAUAGAGAUAUGUAUUUACAUGUAGAAAUGCCUUCUUUUUAAUUUUGCAGCAUUAUAAAAGAAAAUCAACACUACCAUACUGACACAUUUCAUUUAAGGGGCCAUUCGUUUCAAGAACUAGUGGUGGGAGCCAUGCACCUACAGAAAAUUCCCAUCACUUGAAGAGUGACACCCCCUUCAACACCAAGUGUGGGCGCUAUAUUUGUGACAUGGUGCCCACUUCUGUGACAUAGCACUCUUUCUGCCGUGUGGCGGUGCAUCAUGUAUUAUUUAGAGAACUGGUUUACAUGCUGUUCUAUAUUUAAGGUUUACAAGAUGUGGAAAGCUUAACCUGAGACGCUACCUUUUUUUUUUUUUUUGGGUCUUGUUUUGUUUUAAUAAGAUGACAUGAAUCUGAAAGCCUUUUUAACACUGUGUAGGAUAAGAGAGGUUUCAGAUUUGCACACUUACACUACAUGUUGCUGACAAAAAGCAAAGCCCAUAUUGGAAACUGGCUGAGCACUAAUUGACUUGGAUUGCAUCUCUCUUAGGGCAGACGCCGGGUAUGCCUGUAGUCGUGUCUUUAUGUGCUGACUUAAUCGGAAUUCUGCUGAUCUUACCAUGACUGACUGAAGAAUGAUGGAACUAUUGUUACCGAGGUAGCAUCCAGCCAUCUCAGCACAGAAUAAAUGUAUGUAAUGCACAUUACCAACAUGAUUUUUGUGUUUCACUCCUGCUGCCAAAAUCAUCUGCAUUCCAAGUGUCGAGCGAGUCCCAGUGCAGCUUUAAUAGCCAUCCCUUGUCAGGCCCCCUCAGGUACCCGUUACUGUUACUGUAGUAUUUAGUACAAGACACAGGCAAAGCAGGACCCAUUGUGUGAAGUUUCUUGGCUGUGAAUGAUUUUGGUGUCAGCCCUGCCUUAGAUAGUGAAGAACUGCUGAAGAUGUCAGUUACCAAGUGAAUGGCCAAGUGCCCUUCCCUGUUGGGUUUCAUUUAACAGACGUUACAAUUCCGAACCUCAAAGCUUAACUUGGUUGGCCUUUGAGGUGACAGCACUGUCCACUUUUGCCAUUAAUGUAGUCGUGAUUCUUUCAUUCGGUCUGUACAUGACUCCUGUUCACGAAUACAUUGAACCAACAACCAGCCUUGAGAGACGGUAGCAUCAUCCUUUUAAAAUACAUGCUGGUCUCCGACCAAACACCAUUCAUUGAUUGUCCUCCUUGCUCCAAUGAAAUAUCCAAGCAUUAACUUGGAACUUUCUUUACCUGUGUGUUUGGUUGUAUUAGCAUCCCAAUUCUAUGUCGAGCCACAAAGUGGCCAUGGGAGGAGAGUCCCCUUAACUGUCCCAGGGUUAGGGUGGUUUGGCUGUUUAAUAAUACAUUUUAUUUAUAUAGCGCCUUUCCUAUGCUCAUGUUUAGACAUUUUGCUCCAAAAUUCACACCACCUGGUGUGCUGUUAGUAUCCUGAGGACAACAGCAGGCUGUCUUAGCUAAUCUGCCCACUUUCAAGGGCGAUGAGGCCGCAUUCAGGGAUUGCUUUGUAUGUUUGAGCAAAACACUAAAAUGUAAAGAUGUAAGCUUAAUCAUUUGGAGCAGUGCUUCCCAAACUCGGUCCCACCCCCCUGUGGCUGCAGGUUUUUGUUAUAACCAGUGUCUUUUUUUAUUGAACUCCUGAGCUAAUUACUGUAGGUGAACUGUUAUUUCCCCAAGGUCUGUGUUUUAUAACCAUAUAGAAAUUAGAAAACUAAAUAUUAAAAUGUACUAAGCAGUUUUUCAUUUUGAUUUUCAUUUUACUUUUCCAGGUAUUCUAAUUGUUUAAUCCAUUAUUAAUUAAUGAGUGGGCCAACGCUAAAGGAGCUGCAGCCUUUGAUUAUUCAGUGUUGUUUGCCUGGGUGUCUGCUCUGCUUGUUUUUGUCAUUAAUAAGAUACAAUGAAGGGAGGAAACUGCACAGAUAAAGGGCCAAGUAUCAUGAAAUCAACAAAAGGGAGUUGAGCAUUUAAAUCUCUAGCAAAAGCAAAUAUAUUUCUAAAUGUCUUAUAAAUGUAAAAAUCUUGCUGCUGUAUUUUUAAAAAAUACCAGCUAAUUAAAUGAGCUCAGUGCUAUCGACCAUUGUCACGGAUUAAGAAUCUGAUUUGAACAAAAAGUUGCAGCCACAUUGGGUCCCCAAGAGUGGGUUUGGGAAACACGGACUUGGAGUGCUAAAGGCUGACUUUUAACUAGCAGCUUGUCUUUAUAACAUGAUUGGUCAUAAGUCAGCCUUGAGAAGCACACUUGGGGUGAAUCAUUGCUUAUUUUGUGUCUUAAGGCCUUGUCACAUUACCUGAUUUUCAGUCACAGACUUUAUAUAAUUUUAGUGCAACAAAGACAGUCCUAUAUUCAUUAUGACAUCCCCAGUGGCUAAGUCCAACAUCAUGGGCACAGGCUUGUGUGGAUGCGAGAGCUGACAACUAUUGAACACUCAUCCUGAAGUACACCAUUUAUGAUGCAGCUCAGAAGUGAGGCUCAUCUAUCUGAUGCCUCAAAUUUUACAUGCCACAACACAAUGGAAAAAGGCUGAGAAAGCAUUUUAUACAGCACCAGCUGAGACAACUCACAGUACUUAGGAAGUAUGAUACUGUGCCAUAAACUUGAGAGAGUUGUCUAAUUUGUAAUCCCUCACAAUCUCUACUCAAGUAUGUCAUGACUUACUCUGGAGAUGGGAUCAGCAACUGCAGUCAUCUUGUGAGACGUGCCCUCUAAGUAGGAGUCGUGUAAUGUGACUCCAGCCUUAAAGUGCCCAGUGUGGUGCUUAUUUACUUGUGUACAUAUUUUGAUUUAGGUGUACUCAUCCAACCAUAUAUGCUGCUUUGGUUUGGCCACUGGAGGCUGUUUUUCUUACUUAAAGACCCAAAAACACUGGGGGAAUUUUAAAUAGGUGAAGUAACAGAGUACUUACCAGUCUAGGAAACCUCACAGCAGAUACAAACCAAGACUACCCCACACAACAUGUAGAAGCAAGAAUGGGUAAAUGGGCAUAGGCUGGCUUUGGGCUCUUAGUUAAGACCGGAUGGCAGGGUGGGAUUUGGAAAAACACCGCGGACAUGGCUCUAAUCCACUUGGAGUAAAGCAGUUGGUUCUUUCAGGUUUUCAUUGCGCUAAUUGAAUUUUUUUAAAACAUGUUCAGCAGGUUUUUUUGUUGUAUGAAAUACCAUGUUUGUAGGACAAAGUGCAGAUUAUAGGUAUAUUAAUUAACCUGGGCACUGCUACUUUACACUUUUUUUCUCCCCUUUUAACUUGAAUUAGUUUAGUAGCAAGUCUGCACACUGGAUCAUUAAAUCAAAAGGGUCUUUUCUGAUCAUCUCUCCAGUGAUAAUGUGAGCAGAUUCAUUUUUAACUACAGUUUGUGUUUGUAAGGGUGUCAAUGCCAUGCACCUUAAUCUGCUCAGUAAUGCCAAGAUGAUGCAAUUCAUUUAUGUACCCUAAAACUCCUUGUUCAUUAUGCACUUGGUGCCAUCAGUUUAUGAUAAACCUUAAAUUGCUGAUGUAUAGUCAACAACAACAGCACACCUUCUGUCUUGUGCUACAUCAACACCCCAUGACAAUCCAUACUUUUAAAACUGCCACUCAUAGGCCUCUGAGGAAGAAGCGAGUGCUGCAAACUGAAAUGGAUAAAAAAAAAAAAAAAUACAAAAAACGUAAGCAGCUUAAGUAGGGCCAUGUGAUUGCAUUGCAUUGUAGAAGAGUGCCGCCAUGUGACUAGCAAGCAAUAUGCCACCAUUGGACUUUCAGGUCACAGGGUUCUGUUCAGUUUGCUUUAAUGCUGUAAUUGUGUGAAAUGCUGAAGCACUCCUGAAAGUAGGAGCCUUUUAAAAACUGGAGGCUGAUGCAGCUACCACAUCUGCUUUUCUGGGCUCUCAUUUUUAGUGUUCACAUUCCAAAGCCUCUCCUGUUGUUAAAGACUUUGUUCUGAAUAAUAAAACCGUGCCUCUGGUAGAGACUGCAAUGCAAUGGGUUUGAAGCAGCAGCAGCUUCCUCCUGGCCACAGUUGGACCUGAAUGGCACUCUUAAUGCACUGCACUGUAAGCCUUAGAAAAGUUAAAAACUGACUGACUAAAAUGUCUCUUCAUCUGUUCUUUCAGUUGUGUAUUUGUGUCAUCCAUUUCAGAAAACUCAUUUAGGCAUUGUCACGUUUUGCAGUCCUGUUUUUCCAGCCUUUGUAGAACCUAAUUUUGUACAAUAAAAAAAUAAUUACUGCAA